GAGCCUCUCCGCCGGGCGCUGCCUGCCUCGCCGCGGGUCUCCGUCCUCCGCAUCUGACAACUGUCCCUGCCCGGGAGAGACCAGGAGCGCCCGCGGUGCCCGUGCAGCCGGGCCCAGGUUUGCACCGCACCGAUCGGCCCGACCAGACACCUCCCCCAGCCCCGACCUGGGCGCUGGGGACUCCGUGCGCGCUCGGCAGUACCCAGAGCACGUUCGCUCUGCGCUGUGGGACGCGAGUCUUCUCCAAAGAGCUCACGGGCUGCACCCGAAAAACCUAUAAGGGAGAAGCGGAAAAGCACCACAGUCCUUUACCGUCUUAGGAGAGGAAAACGCCUCCUGGCAGCUCUCCUUUCCUUGCCGUGGCAGCGGGACAGGGCGCAGGUGUUGCCCAAAAGCAGGCUGUGCCGUGAGGGAGCCGCACAGCUACAUCCUCUGCCUGCCUGCUUUGAAGGCAACAAGUGACUUGGUCUAUUUACCCAAGUUUCUCUGCUGUGGUCCCUGAGACCGUUAGGGGUGAGAUACAUGACAGCAAGGUUUAAGAUUCCCUCUCCCUGCCUGUCCGUGCCCCUGCAGUGACUAGCCCCAGGCUCCUAGCUCCACGCAGGCUUCCUAAUUUACCCGUACUGGUCCUUUUUUAUCUGUAACUGGUAUUCCCUCUGAAGCCCUCAGAGCUUUUGUCCGGAGGUUGGAUUGUAAGUCAAAUAGUGACUUGACUGACGUUUGUCUAAAUCAAGUAGCCUGAAAUGCAACCGCAGUACGGAGGCCCGGAUGGAGGCCUUGGAGGCGAGGUGGCCGGGCAAGAGGCAUCGAGAGAGGCUCGGAGUGCCACCAGAAAUGAAGCUACCCAAACAGAAAAUGAAGACAAUUCUGUAAAAACAGUGUCAGAACUGCAAGUACAACCAGGAGGUGCAGAGCAAGAAUCUGAAGAGAAGAUUAUUGAACAUGCAAUUACUCAAAGGCAGCCUGAAGACAUUUUGAAUGAGUAUAGCACUGGAGACACCCUAAGAGGGCACAACGAUAUUGAAAGUCAAGAGAAAGCUGUCAGCUGUAUGUCCAGGACACAUCCACAGAAUGAACAAAAACCAGAUGGUGAUCACAAAUCAGUAACCAGCUCAUUCAGUCAAAAGACAGAAGAAAAGGAAGGCUGUGUAAGAAUGACAAAAAAGAUCCUCAAAGACAUCUGUAAGCAGCAGAAAUUAUACUUGACCCCGUACUUAAAUGAUACGCUUUACUUACAUUAUAAAGGGUUUGACCGCCUGGAGAAUCUUGAAGAAUAUACAGGAUUGAAGUGUUUAUGGCUGGAAUGCAAUGGCUUAUCAAAAAUUGAGAAUUUGGAGGCUCUGACAGAGUUGCGUUGCCUCUACUUGCAACUCAAUUUAAUUAACAGAAUUGAAAACCUUGGGGCCUUGCAAAAGCUGGAUUCCCUCAAUAUUAGUAACAACUAUAUCAAGACCAUUGAGAACCUCUCUUGUCUGAAAGUCCUGCACACUCUGCAGAUUGCUCACAAUAAAUUACAAACAGUGGAAGACAUACAGCACUUGCGAGAAUGCCCAAGUAUUUGUGUCCUCGAUCUUUCCCACAACUACCUAGAUGAUCCAAAUAUUAUAACUAUUCUGGAGGCCAUGCCUAAUUUGUGUGUGCUUAAUUUAAUGGGCAAUCAAGUGAUAAAGAAAAUUGCUAAUUAUAGAAAAACACUUAUUGUUCGACUGAAACAGCUAACAUACCUGGAUGACAGACCAGUUUUCCCAAAGGAUAGAGCAUGUGCAGAAGCCUGGGCCAUUGGAGGGCUUGAAGCUGAGAAAGCAGAAAGGGAAAAAUGGGAAAGCAGAGAGAGAAAAAAAAUCCAAGAUAGUGUCAAUGCUUUGGCAGGAAUCAGGAGAAAAGCAGAGGAAAAGAAAAGACAAAAGUAUAUGGAAGAAAGAGAUGCAAGUGCAAAGUGUGAAAACAGAGAUGUAACAGAGACCCUAGAAGGAGCAUCUGCAAAUUCAGAUGACAGUGAUGGAACUUCUAGUACAUCAGAGAUAUCAGAUCCAUCAGAAGAGGCAGAAACUCAACAGACAAUUGAGAAAUUUGUAAAUGAAAGUUCUGGUGCUUGUGAUGAAGAGAUAACACUACAAGAAUCAAAUUCAUACAAAUGCUCAAACUUCAACAGGAAGACAGACGCUCUACCAGGAGAAAAGUUGGGUCCUGAAAGCACCGUGGUUCCCGAAAUGGAUGAAUAUGCUAAAAUGGAACAAAUCAAACUGGAGCCUCCAGAGAAACUUUAUCUUGACGAAUUGCCUGAUUUAGAAGAUAUAGAUGUAAAUGAAUUUGCUCCAGAAGAGGAAAUCUUUGUUCAAAAGCAAGAAUAUCAACCAAAGAUUGAAGUAAUUUCUGAAACCACAAAUGAGAGUGAUUCUGCAGUAGAGGAAAAGAGUAAAAGCACAUUUGGGAAUUCAGUAAGAGAAGAGGUUCCAACAGCAAUUUUUUCACACAUGCAUAAGAUACAUGAAGACCGUGAAAAGGAACUCUUAAGACCCAUUGUUGAGGGCUUGUUUACAGAGCCUUCUAAUUCAGAAAGGGACUUGGAGAGCAAAGAUAAACAAGAAAACCUGUUGAAACCUUUGAUACAAGAGAUUAUUACUGAACCUAAGGAUAGCCCAUUAUUGUCAUCAGUCUGUGAUCAACCAGAUGAUAUAAGCCCAUGGGAAGGGGACAGUAACAUUACAGUUUCUUGCCCUGGGAAUAGCAGUGAUGGAGAAGUACAGUGCCUGGCUGAGAGUGGAGGAUGCCAUCCUGAACCACAAGGUGGCAAGGACAGUGAGUGUGGAUUUGAUUAAUCAUUUUGAAAAAAAACCCAGAACGCAACUGGAAUACAGUGCCUGGCUGACUGCAUACAGUUAUUCUCAAAAUGCAAAGUUUAGCAAGGGUUCCAUUAGUUAAAACUGACAUAACACUUUGUAUGAUCUAAAACAAGACUGCCUUUAACAUGAGGACUGUUAAGAGUUCAGUCAGUCAUAGGCUGAUGCAGCCUCCAGCAUAUGACCCUCAAGGCAGAACUUCUGGUCUUGUCAGCAUGAAAGUUCAUAAUCCUACAUAGCCUACAGGUAACAAGUGCCUUGCACUCUUACUUUCAAAGGUGCUAAAAAGCCCUAGUUUCCAAGUCUUUAAGGCAGCGGGGAAUGUUCACUUCUUUUGAAGAGUGGGGUAUUACUGUUUGAAGAUUAAAUUCCACUCUCUGUUAUGUUAUUUGUUUUUCCUUGCAUCCUUACAGAAAUUACUUAAAUGUUUAUACCUUCUCAUUUCACUACUUACAUGGUUUCAGUCUAUA